UAUUCAAUCGAGCUCUCUGUCGCAGUUGGUCGGCUACAUCUUCGGGCAUUUCCGCGCUCCCUUUGUGUUCGCCUUAUUUCUCUCUCUUAGCGUUUUUACGUUAUUCGAGAUGAAGGUGCUCCUCGUCUGCGGACUCAUACUGGCCGGAGCCUUCCUCGCUGAGGCUGCCGGUGGUAGGGAGCUGUGCGGGAAGAGCAAUGAAGAAAUCAAGGCUGUUCUGAAGUGCAUGGGAGAGCACGUUCCCGCAGAGCUCAAAGGCAAGGCGGCAGGAAUCAUCAGCAGCAAGGGAGACAACCUGGCCGAGCUUGUUAAGAAGCAGUGCGAAGCAGACAUUGACUUCGUGACGACCAUGAUUUAUUCUUUUUAGGGUGACGAGGCGGAAGCCAUCAAGAAGGCCUAUAGGGAGUGCAAGCCGAGCCGAAGAUGAAGUGAUUCUGAGAGGCCACAAGUCGUGCAGUGUACCCUUUAGAAAUCACCAAGAAUUUCUUUCUACACGCUGGAAGUGUCAUGCCAAAAUAAAGAUUGUCCAUAUACGCAUUCUCUUUUA